AUAAAGAGUGUGGGCCUCGGUGAGGCGCUCGCUGGAGGGGAUGGCGCUGCUCCUGCUGAGCCUGGGGGUGAGUCUGGUCUCCGCCCAGCAGCUUGACCUCCGAACCAUCGUACGCAGGAACUACAACAUAGCCAGGGUUUCCGGAGAUUGGUUUUCUGUUUCCAUGGCCUCGGACGACAUGAAGCGGAUUGAAGAAAAUGGGGACCUGAGGGUCUUCAUACAGAAGAUCAAAAGCUUAGAAGACGGUGGUCUGAAAUUCUAUUUCCAGCUCUUGCUGCUGGGGCAGUGCGUGGAGGUGCCCAUGGUCUGCGAGAAGACGGAGAAGAAUGGGGAGUGCACCAUCUCCUACGAGGGGGAGAACCGGGUGCUCCUCGCGGAAACAGACUACAGGGUCUACGCCACCUUCCACCUCCUCAACCUCCGGAACGGCACCCAGACUCAAGUGCUGGCGCUCUACGGACGGAUCCCGGACCUGAGCCCCAGCUUCCUGAAGAGAUUUGAAAAAGUCUGCAAAAAAUACGGUCUCGGUCCUCAGAAUAUCGUCAGCCUGAUCGACAAAGGUAGGCCCCGUGCGGUCCACACCAGCAGCCGCAGCCGAGAGCCGAGCUCCGGGCAGCAUUCUGGCUCAGCCUGGCCCUGGCCCGGCAGGCCGAGGGUCUCACCAGGUGGGGGCCAUCUGAGAGCCCACUCUGUCUUCCCAGACCCCUGUUUGAAGUAGAAGAGGCGAGGAGCCGGCCAGGCCUCGAGGGCUGGAGGCCAGAAGGCACAGCGUCACAGGGCCACACUCCCUCCGGAGGCUUCAGGGGAGGGUCCUCCUUGCCUCUUUCAGCGUCUGGGGGCUCCAGGCAUCCCUCCAUCUCUGCCUCCGUGGUCACAGGGCCUCUCACCUGUGUCUGUGCAUCUCCUCUUCUGUCUCUUAUAAGGACACUUGUUAUUGGGUUGAAGGCCACCAGGUCAUCCACGAUGAUCUCAUCUCAAAAUCUUUACCUUAAUCACAUAUGCAAAGAUCCUUUUUCCACAUAAGGUCCCGCUCACAGGUUCUGGACACUGGGAUUUGAACGUGGAUGUGUUGGGGGGGCACCAUUCAGUCCACCACAGGCCCCUUCUCCAAGCUGCCCUCCUUUCUCAGGAACCAGCCCCGCCCCGGUAAAGUGACCCCCUUCCCCCGGACUGGCCUCCAGAGCCGUCUCAUCCGAGAGCCAAGGACUCUGAGGCCUUGGUGAGGGCCCGUGAGGUGGAGUGGGCGUGAGAUGGUGGUCCACGAGGCCCUGCCCCCCGGCCCCCCGGAUCAGUGGUCCCUCGAGGAAGACUAUUAACAGAUCAGCAGCUGGGACAAGCGACGCCUCGCCAUGUGUUGGUGAAUACACAGGGGACCCGGCCAAUCCACCGUUAUUCUGCAGAUUGAAAAUGGUUGCCCAUUGGGAGUUCACCCGAGACAUAUGAUGUGUCCACGCAAAACCUCUCCACAAAUGUUCACAGCGGCUCUCUUCACAAUCACCCAACUGGAAACAGCCCGACUUCCCCCAACAGAAGAACCAGCUGGCCCCGGGACACAACUCAGCACAGAGAGGAACAAGCUGCAUGGAUCUCAAGGGAACUAUGUUGAGUGAAACAGCCACCUCAAAAGGCUGUGGUGUGUGAUUCCAUUUAAGGAAUAUUCUCGAAAAGACAGAACUGUAGACAUGGAGAACUGAUUCCUGAUUUCCAGGGGUUAGGGAUGGGGAAGGGGUGAGGGAGGCCGGUGUGGUUUACACAGGCAACUGGAGGGGUCCUCGUGGGGAUGGAAAUCCUGUAUCCGGACUGUGGUGGUGGAUCCAGGGACCCAGAACUAAAUACCCACACUGACACACUCGCACACUCACACAGUCUCACACUGUAACACACGCACACUGACACGCUCGGCUCAGUGCGUGUGAACAGGGAAAUACGCCUGGUGCGGGGCGGGGCAGGGGUGGCACCAGUGUCCCCAUCUGUGAACACCGUCCUAGGGCUGUGAAGCGGGGAGAAGGGGUGAAGGGUAUCAGGGACCUCUGUUUACUUCUCACAACUGCAUAUGAAUCUACAACUAUCUCAAAAUAAA